GAGGUUGUCACGAAGGGAAGAAAAAGUAGGUCAGAGACUGAUUCCAUUUAUGUCACAGUUCCUCACGGACCGCCCGUCAAAUAACCGAAAUAAACUGUGAUGUUGAGCGAUUCCUACGGAUCCUGCCGCAGGUGAAAGGACAUGCUUUGAACAGCUGCUUGAUUGAAUCUGUGCGAUGAUCUAAUGGCAGACCAAAGAAUGGACAUUUCCUCCACGAUGAAUGAGUUCAUGUCCCAGAGCUCUGCGGACCUCAUCAGCAGUUCCAUCGGCACCACGGGCAUGGACUACAGCCGCAAGAGGAAAGGCAGCACCACUGAAUAUCAAAUUGAUGGCUUUUCAUUUGACGAUGGCAUGGACACUGACAAAGAUAAGACACUUGGAAGGGAUGACCAGCAGGGCCGGAUAAAAAAUGCCAGGGAGGCUCACAGUCAGAUAGAGAAGAGACGCAGAGAUAAGAUGAACAGUUUUAUAGAUGAGUUGGCAUCAUUAGUCCCCACUUGCAAUGCCAUGUCUCGAAAGCUGGACAAACUGACUGUACUCCGCAUGGCUGUUCAACACAUGAAAACAUUACGAGGAGCCACUAACCCAUACACAGAAGCAAACUAUAAACCAGCAUUCUUGUCAGAUGAUGAGUUAAAGCACUUGAUUUUGAGGGCUGCCGAUGGCUUUCUCUUUGUAGUUGGUUGUGAUCGUGGAAAGAUUCUUUUUGUCUCAGAGUCUGUCUACAAAAUUCUUAAUUACACUCAGAAUGAUCUGAUUGGCCAGAGUUUAUUCGACUAUCUGCAUCCAAAAGACAUUGCCAAAGUGAAAGAGCAGCUGUCAUCAUCAGAUACAGCACCACGGGAACGACUCAUUGAUGCCAAAACUGGUCUACCAGUGAAGACUGACAUCACUCCCGGGCCUUCAAGGCUGUGUUCAGGGGCCCGUCGAUCCUUCUUCUGCAGAAUGAAAUGUAACCGGCCCUCCGUCAAAAUGGAGGAUAAGGACUUCCCUUCAACAUGCUCCAAAAAGAAAGCAGACCGCAAGAGUUUCUGCACUAUCCAUAGCACUGGCUACCUGAAAAGCUGGCCGCCCACCAAGAUGGGCUUGGACGAGGACAACGAACCCGAUAACGAGGGCUGCAACCUCAGCUGUCUGGUGGCCAUUGGCCGCCUGCAUCCACAUAUCGUCCUCCAACCCAUGAACGGCGACAUCCGUGUUAAACCCACAGAAUACGUGUCCCGCCACGCCAUAGACGGCAAGUUUGUUUUUGUGGAUCAGAGGGCGACAGCCAUCCUGGCGUACUUGCCCCAGGAGCUUCUAGGAACGUCAUUUUAUGAGUAUUUUCAUCAGGAUGACAUCGGUCACCUCGCUGAGUGCCACAGACAAGUUCUACAAAUGAGAGAAAAGAUCAACACAAACUGUUACAAGUUCAAGAUAAAGGACGGCUCUUUCAUCACUCUGAGAAGCCGCUGGUUCAGCUUCAUGAACCCCUGGACCAAAGAGGUGGAAUAUAUAGUCUCUACAAACACUGUGGUUUCGGGCAGUAUGCUUGAAGGAGCAGACCCUAGUUAUUCACAAUCAGCCUCCUCCCCCCAGAGCAUGGACAGCGUUCUAACAUCAGGUGACGGUGGAGGGAAGCGUGCUUUUCAGACUGUUCCUGGUCUACCAGGAGGCACAAGAGCGGGAGCUGGGAAGAUUGGACGCAUGAUCGCAGAGGAAGUCAUGGAGAUUCAGAGGAUUCGAGGCUCCUCUCCCUCCAGCUGUGGCUCUAGUCCUUUGAAUAUCACCGCCACUCCUCCACCUGACACCUGCUCUCCAGGGGGCAAGAAGAUUCAGAAUGGUGGGACUCCAGAUCUGCCUUCAGUGGGAUUUGUGCCUGGGCCUGAUUCAAUAGGAUACCCAUAUUCAAAUAAUUCAAUAAUGAGUGAUAACUCCCAUCUUAGUAUUGACAUCAUGGAAGAACCCGGAUCCAGCAGCCCCAGCAAUGACGAGGCAGCCAUGGCCGUUAUCAUGAGCCUUCUUGAAGCUGACGCUGGCCUGGGCGGACCUGUGGAUUUCAGCGACCUACCCUGGCCUUUGUGAAACCACAGCGGAGUACCUCAAGGAUGUGUAUUUGGUCCGAGGCUAAACACGUCUAACUUAAGGUCAUCACCACAGCUCAUGUGCGGUUGUUUGUGGAGGACUAACGAGACUGCUGUCGUUAGAAAUCGGACCUCCUACUUAAAAGCACACAUAUACUGUAAUGGUUCAGCUCCACACUUCCACCACCCCCUCUGAAUAGAGAUUUUGCAUUUCUCGUCUCACACGGUGUCCUGACCUGCCUGUUUCUCUGUAGAUAUCGGCCUGUAUAAUCCCUAUGGUACCCAUCAGCAAACAUAAUCUUUAUACAUAUAUAAAUAUAUACAUUUUUGUUUGUUUUAAUGUUUUUACACUACAAAAGUUGUUUAAAUGUUAAAUAUUCUGUAUGCUGAUUGUAACUAAUAUUGUAAUUCUAUUAUGGAAGAAUUCUUUAUGCAAAUUAUAUAUGGUAAAAGUGUAACGUAUCAACAGUGGAUAUUUUUAAAAUAAAAUAAAAAAAUCUUGUCUUCAA